UUGUAUUCUCUUUUUCUUCUUUUCCAUCUUCUUGUAUUUUCUACUUUAUUUUACCAAUAUAUUUAAUUCAUCCAUUAUGGCUUCCCUUGAUGAUGAUUAUAAAACUAAUGAAAUUUCCCUCAACCAUGUUGAGAUUCCUAUCCAUGCAAUUGGUGAAGAGCCCAAACCAUACCAAGAGGUUGAAGAGAGAAACAACAUUGACUAUUCUCAGAGAGCACAAUGGCUUCGUGCAGCCGUAUUAGGAGCCAACGAUGGAUUAGUCUCAGUUGCAUCAUUGAUGAUAGGUAUUGGAGCAGUUAAGGAAAACAUCACAGCCAUGCUUCUUGCUGGCUUUGCAGGGCUAAUUGCUGGAGCAUGUAGCAUGGCAAUUGGAGAAUUUGUUUCUGUGUACACUCAAUAUGACAUAGAAAUUGCUCAAAUUAAAAGAGAUAAAGAAAACAAUAAUAUCGGUGGAGUAGGUGAAGAAUUAGCUCAAAGGGAGAAGUUGCCAAAUCCGUUUCAGGCUGCUCUAGCAUCAGCACUAGCAUUUUCUGUGGGUGCAGUGAUACCACUACUAGCAGCUGCAUUCAUAAGGAACUAUAAAAUUAGGCUUGUUGUUGUUGCUGUUGUGGCUACCCUGACAUUGUUGCUAUUUGGUGGUGUUGGAGCAGUGCUUGGAAAAACUCUAGUGAGGAAGUCCUGUAUCAGAGUGCUCAUUGGAGGUUGGAUGGCUAUGAGUAUAACUUUUGGCCUCACCAAGUUAUUUGGCAUUGCCGGGCUUUCAAUGUGAUUUACUUUGGUCGUUUUUCUUUUUUCUUUUUUUUUCCCCGAUAAUAGUCGUUAUUCUUAAUAUAUACUAAACUUUUUUUUCAACAA